AACAAGGGUGCUGAAUAUGAAUGUAAUGGAUUACUGAAAAAUUUCGCGUUGAAUUUCGUGGAUAGUUCUUAUUCUUAUCGAUGGCACGGUGGUAUUGCUACGAUCACAGAAAAACCUGGAGCAGAGGUAUAUGGUUGUGUUUGGCGAAUUCCCGAUGAUUUUUCUGAAGAGUUGGACUCACAGGAAAUCGGAUACCAUCGGUUAACCGUACCGAUAGAGUGUGCUAAUAAAACGAUACAAUGUCGAACAUAUCAAUAUUCCAAUAAAACUGCCCCUCCAGCACCACCAUCACCUCACUACAAAACUGUGAUCAUAGCAGGAGCUAUUGAACAUUCACUGCCAGAAUCUUACAUAAAAGGCCUAAAAGAGAUACCAGAUAACGGUUACAAAGGACGGGUGGCAGUCGAUCUUGAUGUAAUAAAGCAUUUGAAUAAUGAUUAA